AUGUCUCAGCUCGUUGAUACAAGCACGUCGAAAGGCGUCUGGCGCCAGCUGCGCGACAACCCGUAUAUCUUUGGACUCUCUGCCUUCGCCUCAUUGGGAGGUUUUCUGUUUGGCUAUGACCAAGGUGUGGUUUCUGGGGUCCUGAAAAUGGAAUCUUUUGGCGCAGAGUUCCCGCGUAUCUACCUUGAUAGUGGUUUCAAGGGCUGGUUCGUGUCGACGCUUCUGCUUGCUGCUUGGUUGGGAUCCUUGGUUAAUGGUCCCAUUGCAGACCGUUUUGGUCGCAAGGGAUCAAUGCUUGCUGCCGUUGUUGUGUUUGUCUUGGGAUCAGGACUUCAGGCAGGUGCACGAUCAAUCGGGGUCCUAUUUGCAGGCCGCGCAAUUGCCGGUUUCUCAGUGGGUAUGUUGACCAUGAUUGUGCCCAUGUACAUGUCCGAAGUAUCGACUCCUGGGAUUCGAGGUACCUUGGUCGUGUUGCAGCAGUUGAGCAUUACACUCGGUAUUCUUGUGAGCUACUGGCUGGAAUACGGCACGCAGUACAUUGGUGGCACACGAUGUGCCCCAGACAUCCCUUACACUGGUGGCACGGAGUCAAACCGUGAAUUCGAUCCGAGACACGACGUCGGUCCAAAUGGCUGUACCGGGCAAAGCGAUGCAGCAUGGAGAGUCCCGUUUGCCUUACAAAUUGCCCCUGCUUUGAUCUUGGGUAUUGGCAUGUUAUUCUUCCCAGAAUCGCCUCGAUUCUACCUCAUGCGCAAAAGUGAGGAGAAGGCACUCCGUGCAUUGGGCAAGCUACGACGAGUACACCCGGAUUCGGACAGCCUGAGAGAGGAGUAUUUGGCCAUUAAAGCGGAAGUUCUCUUCGACGAAUCUGUCGCCCGAGACCAGUUCCCCGGGAAAAGCGGUGCGAGUCUGUACCUCUCUCAGUAUGCUUCGCUCGUUUCUACGUGGCCAAGCUUUAAACGAUUACUCGUUGGAUCAGGAACCAUGUUCUUGCAGCAGUUCAUGGGCUGCAACGCAUUGAUUUACUAUGCACCAACCAUCUUUGGGCAACUCGGGCUCUCAGGAAACACGACCUCCCUCUUGGCAACUGGCGUGUAUGGCAUCGUGAACACACUGUCUACCCUGCCAGCCGUCUUCCUCAUUGACAAGGUGGGUAGACGACCCCUGCUCAUGUGCGGAGCCUUUGGAACAUUUGUAUCUCUCGUCAUCGUGGGCGCCAUCAUCGGCGCAUACGGCUCCGAACUCCAGUCGCAUAAAGCAGCCGCCUGGACUGGCAUCGCCUUCAUCUACAUCUACGACAUCAACUUCUCGUAUUCCUUUGCCCCAAUCGGCUGGGUCUUACCAUCUGAGAUUUUCAAUCUCGGCAACCGGUCAAAGGCUAUGGCUAUUACGACGAGUGCUACCUGGAUGUGCAACUUUAUCAUUGGCCUUGUGACGCCGGAUAUGCUUGACAACAUUAAGUGGGGGACGUACAUCUUUUUCGCGUGUUUCUGUCUAAUCGCCCUGGCAUUCACGUACUUUGUUAUCCCUGAAACAAAGGGCAAGAGCCUUGAGGACAUGGACAUUGCGUUCGGAGACACGGCUGCUCAUGAAGAGAAGAUGAGGUUGUUCAAUAUUGCGGCGACGUUGGGCCUUACUGCACCUGUCCCCGAUGAGAAGAUCGAGGCUGCGAGAGGCGAUAUGGAAGAGUAUGCGUAG